GUCUGCAUCGGCUGCUUGAGUCAGAGCGGUGCAAGUAGUGCUCAUUUUGCCCUGCAGAUAGUUGUGCACGCUGCAACGCCGAGCUGCGUUUGCACGUAGAUCGACUCGUGGUAGCACUGGUACUGCAAAACACAACACUGCAGUCUGGUAGCAAACAUGAGGCACCUCGCAGCAGCAGCAGUGCUGCUAACGGUCGCCAGCGCGCUGCAGCCCCUGGACCGCCGCGCAACACUGCAAGGCUUCGCCGCGGCGACGACCACCACCUUGAUCCCGCUGCCGCCCGCGAGCGCCGCCGCGGCAGCAGCAGCAGCUUUGAAGACCGUGAGCUGGUCGGCCACGGACGGUUUCGACAGCGACUUCCCGUCGCAGAUCAACUUCAUCGAGUUCGACGAGAAGGCCUAUCGGGCUAUGAGGGAUGAUCCUAGAAGGACGCCGAAGUUCGCCAAGGCGAUUCGCAGCCGCCUCGCGGAACUGCAAGACGCCGUCGUAUUGGAUCUGGGCACGGGGCCCUUCUGCGUGCUCGCGCUCAUAGCAGCAACGGCAGGGGCCAAAAAAGUGUAUGCUGUGGAGGCAAAUCCCGAGGCAGCGCGGCGGGCCAAGGCUUUUAUUGCGAAGUGCGAGGACCCCAAUGCUUCCCGUCGAGAUGUUGAUGGUUUGGUCCCUCUGAAGCCUGGUGCAAUUGAAGUGAUCGAGGGCUUCUCGACCGAGCUCACGCUUCCCGAAAAAGUCGACCUCUGCGUCUUCGAGAUCUGUGGGAGUCUCGCGUCCGAGGAGGGUUUGUACGCGACGAUGAAGGACGCUAGGGAGAGGCACGUCAAGCGCCCGGACGACCCGGCCACGUACAUCCCGCGAAGGUGCCAGACCUACGCCGCUCCCGUCUCGUACGCGCUGCACAAUUUGCUGACGCCGCCGUCCUACGACUGGUCCAAGAUCGUGGGCAAGGACCCUAUUCGGUUCAAUUGUAGAGAUGAAGCUUUACAAGUGCUCGCCGAGCCGCAGCUGCUGGAGGAUGUGGACUUCAGCAAGCCGCUCCCAUCCCUACCGGCUUCCGUGAAGACAUCGCUGACCUUCCCCGUGACCACUGCAUCGAUAGCAAACGCCCAGAAGGGCUUCGAGCGCGCCUUCGCGGAGGAAAGGCAGCUCCAGUCGCUGUUGUUAGAUGAACAAGGUAAAAAAAUGGACGCCGCGGCGACGGCUUCUGUUAUAGGAGCGAAGCUGAGCGGCCUGGCCAUGUGGCCGACGCUCGUCUGCGACGGGAGCGAGGGGACGCUCAUUGUGUCGAGGGGAAAAAACGGCGAGGCCCAGAAGUCGCACUGGCAGACGGUCCUGCAGUUGAUGAGUGACGAGCCCCUCUCCAUCGGUGCGGGCGACUCUAUUAGCUUCGACUUCGAGGCAAAGCCGGAGAAGGCCGUCACGAAGGCGACGACUUAUAAGCUUGGGGGCGGGGUCCAGCGCGGGUAA